AUGUUCCAUGGUGCUCAUCUCGGUAUGAGGACUAGGGGACCUCAUCGUUCUUCCUUUCAUUCCUUUUUUGGAUCAGUAUACACAGGAAACAAGCAACCAUUCCGUAGAGGGAUAAUGUUUGUUUUUAUAGCUGGUGUACUGCUACUCACAGGAGGCAUUCUGACAUGGUUGGGAUACAGCAAUGUGUUUGGAAACAGUCAGUUCUCAACUAUGGGGCCUUUACUAAUUGCUCUGGCCCUGCUGAUGUUUCUAAUUGCUGUUCGACAGUUCAUUCUGGCUAAGAAACAGACCUUGCGUAACAGGCAAAGACUAGAGCAAUUAGCUGGUGGAACUGUAGCAGCAGUGGUAAUCAACACUGAUGAAACAGAAGAUACAGUCACGGUCAUAAUGGACACCAUCGACAACUCCCCAGAGGCCAUCAGGCCCCCCGGAGAGAGUCAGCCCCCGUCCUACCUGGAGGCCACAGAUACACCUGUGAUUCCUAUGGCCAUCACUGCACCUGAUUAUCAUUCAGAUCCACCUCCAACAUAUGAAGAGGCCAUAACAGACAGAGAGCAUGAAAUUAGAGACUCUGUUCCAGAUAUUAAAUGAUGCAUUUUA